AUGAUGUUUAUGAAAUCUGUCGAAAAUUAUCCUCUGCGACGUAGGGAUUACGAGAAAUGUGAGGAGAUUAUCGAGAGAAUUAAGAAACUGGAGAAAGAGAGUGAGAAAAAUCGAAAGUGUAUCAACGAAAACGGCGUCGCGUUAGUUCUCUGUGAUUGUUUCGAGAAGUUCUCGGGAGACGAGAAAUUGACGUAUCUCUUGAAGGAGAUUCUAUCGCUGCUUACUUGGAUGGUUCCGAUUGGUUCAGAGGGUUUAAAGAAACUCGCGUUUGCGUCGUCAUUUCGUUGCGUCGCGGGUUUGUUAAGGAGCACUGACGACUCCGUUCGCGAAAACGCUGCGUUUUUGUUGAAGGAGAUUCUCUCGUUGGACGAGACGCAAGUUCUCGCGUUUGCGGAGGAAAACGGAGUCGCGGGAUCGUUUGUGAAGUUGAUUCGCGAUUCGGUUUCGUCUAGCGCAACAAACUCUUCGUUGAUAGCGAUAAGUCAUAUGGUUUUCCAAAAGCCCGAGAUCGCGUCUGAGUUUCUCGAAAUAGAUCUUAUGAAUUUAACACUGGAUAUGAUAAUUAAUGGUGAGAACAGCGUUUGCGAGAAAGCGUUAGCGGUUUUAGACGCGAUUUGCGAAACCAGUAGAGGGAGAGAGGAAGUGAGGAAAAACGCGUUGGUGAUGCCGCUUUUAGUGAAGAAGAUUCCGAAGGUUUCUGAGUUAGCGACGAGGAGCUCAGUUUCGGUAAUUCUGAAGCUGUGUAAAACGGGAAAAGCGUUUGCGGUUGAGGAAGCAGUGCGUUUGGGAGCAUUUCAGAAGGUGUUCUUGGUGUUACAGGUUGGGUAUGGAGAAGAGACGAAAGAGAAAGCGACAGAGUUGUUAAAGAUGAUGAACAACACACAGAUGAAAUUGAUGAGUGAUGAUGAAGAUGAUUGUGUUGAUUCUUCAAUGGACUUUAAGUACCUCAAGAAGCUAUCUUGA